AUGGAGAUGAGGCUUGUCGCCUGCGAACGUAUGCCAGGGACACAAUGCUCGAAAAAGACUCCAUUGAGUUUGUGCUUCGUGAAGCAGCCUGUCUGCAAUGGAGAUGAGGCUUGUCGCCUCCUGUCUACAAUGGAGAUGAGGCUUGUCGCCUACGAGCGUAUGUCAGGGACACAACGCUCGAAAAAGACGCCAUUGAGUUUGUGCUUCGUGGAGCAGCUUGUCUGCAAUGGAGAUUAG